UGUAGUUGGAAAGGGCUUUUUAUUCCCUAACAGGGUGAUGCUGUGGCCAAGGUUUAUCUGGGUCGGAGGAACCUGCAGAACUGGUAUCUUCAUACAAACUCCAGGUCUGUCUGUAACACAAGGAACAGGACAGGCACAUUAGGGCUUUCAAAAUGACCUCUAACAGGCAAAUGAAGCAGCCCUGAGGAAGAAGCGGCCGUGGCUAUGAGCAGCACGGAUCAACAGGAGUGAGUGUUGCAUACCUUCAUGCACCCACUAUACGCUAUAUCUGUAAUAAAAUAGUCACAGCCCCAGACAUGGGCUCUGCCACGCUCGCACAUGCAAAGCUUUUGAACUGGUUGCUGUCGCUGUCAAGUCUGGUGUGCUGUUCUGCUGCUGCUUAUGUGGAUGACCCCAACCUGAGCAAGAGUUUCUUGCCUCACUAUGAACCUGGUCACGGGGAUGCUGUUGGCUCUUCGCAAGAUACGAGGCUACGUGUUUUCACAGUGGACUAUGACUAUGUGCAAAUUCCCUAUGAAGUUACUCUUUGGAUCCUCCUUGCCUCUCUUGCAAAAAUAGGUUUCCAUCUCUAUCACCGAUUACCAAGACUCAUGCCCGAAAGCUGCAUCCUGAUUGCCAUUGGAGCACUAGUAGGAGCGAUCAUCUUUGCUUCUGAUCACAAAUCUCCACCAGUGAUGAACACAAGUAUUUACUUCUUGUAUCUCCUUCCACCCAUUGUCCUGGAGGAGGGCUAUUUCAUGCCAACUCGCCCAUUUUUUGAAAACUUUGGGUCCAUCCUGUGGUGGUCUGUGCUGGGAUCUCUGGUAAACUCAUUUGGGAUUGGGCUCUCCCUCUACGGAGUCUGCCAGAUCGAAGCCUUCGGUCUGACCGACCUGAACCUGCUGCAGAACCUGCUCUUUGGCAGCAUGAUUUCAGCUGUGGAUCCUGUGGCAGCCCUGGUAGUUUUUGAAGAAGCCUCCGUUAAUGAGCAGCUUUACAUGAUGAUCUUUGGAGAAUCAUUGCUAAAUGAUGGCAUAACUGUGGUUUUAUAUAACAUCUUCAUCGCCUUCACCCAGAUGCACCGGUACGAAGAAAUUGAAUCCAUCGACGUCUUUGCUGGCUUCGCUCGCUUCUUCGUGGUGGGGCUGGGUGGCGUGUUGUUUGGCAUCGUCUUUGGAUUCGUUUCAGCACUCAUGACUCGAUUCACCCACAACGUUUCUGCUAUCGAACCCCUGCUGGUCUUCAUGUUCAGCUACCUGUCUUACUUGUCCGCUGAAACCCUUUACAUCUCAGGCAUUUUGGCGAUGACAGCAUGUGCAGUGACAAUGAAAAAAUACGUGGAGGAGAAUGUUUCCCAGAAUUCCUAUACCACAAUAAAAUAUUUCAUGAAGAUGCUGAGCAGCGUCAGCGAGACCCUGAUUUUCGUGUUCAUGGGAGUGUCUACAGUGGGGAAAAACCACGAGUGGAACUGGGCCUUCAUUUGCUUCACUCUGCUCUUCUGCCUCGUUUGGCGGACACUGAGUGUAUUUGCUCUCUUCUACAUCAGUAACAAGUUCCGAACCUAUCCCUUCACCUUCAAAGACCAACUAAUUAUUUCCUACAGUGGACUUCGAGGAGCCAGCAGCUUCUCUCUUGCGUUCUUGCUUCCAGUGAAUCUCUUCCCAAGAAAAAACCUGUUCAUUACAGCUACUCUUGUAGUUAUAUAUUUCACCGUGUUCAUCCAAGGAAUCACAAUUGGACCAUUGGUCAGAUACCUAGAUGUUAAAAAGACCAACAAAAAGGAGUCUAUCAAUGAAGAAAUUCAUGUGCGAUUGAUGGAUCACUUGAAGGCUGGUAUCGAAGACAUAUGUGGACAUUGGAGUCAUUAUCAGCUGAGAGAUAAAUUUAAGAAGUUUGACAAUAAGUAUUUGAAGAAAAUCUUAAUUCGGGGACACAAACCCAAAUCCAGCAUUGUGUCAUUGUACAAAAAGAUGGAGAUAAAACUGGCCAUCGAGAUGGCUGAGAGUGCCAUGAAAAUUUCAAAUUCAUCCACAGCUUCUUUACAGAGCGGUAGAGAUCGGCGUGUGCACAGGCUCUCCCCCGCAGAGGUGGAGUCCAUGAGAGAUGUCCUGGCACAUAACCUAUACCACGUGCGACAAAGGGCACCAACAUACAGCAGACACAACCUGCCUACCAACACAAAUGAGAAACAAGCCCAAGAAAUCCUCAUCCGUCGGCAGCACAGCCUGAGGCAGAGUUGCAGGAAGGGAAACAGCUUACCUUGGGGUAGACCGGCUAGGACCGCGGAAGUACGCUACCUCUCUUUGCCUCAGGGCCCCAGCCAACCCACUAGACGAAAAACCAGGCGUGUUACUUUUACAGAUCACCACAGAGGUGGCUCUGAUGCUCCGUUCCCGGUGAUGUUCAGACCCCAGCCCCGACUACGGCCACCUGAAGCAAAGCACCGCCGGGAAGAGCUGAUUCCGAUGGCACAUUUGCAUAGACGAGCGGGCCCAUCCCAUGUGUCAGGUCGAAGAGGAAAUUCAAUCAGCCAGCAUCGUUUCACCAGAGCAGACAAUCUAGCUCUAAUGCCAAAGUCUCGAUUCACUGUGGGAGAAGUAGAGGGGUAUGAGUCAGAAGAAGAGACAGAAACAAUGGCACCAGCCAGGCCAUUAGACAUAUGAGGAGCAGCGAAGAGCAAUGUUUGCGUCUCUAGGGCCCUUUGGGCACUGCUCCAGAGAAAAUAACAAAGCUCUUACAUGUACCAAACCACAAUUUUCCUUUUGGGACCAGCGCACUUGUUCUCAUAUCACUUUCAAGUGCUGUAUCAAGGUACUUAGUGGCUCGGAGAAGACUCAAAUUCUUACAUGUUUAUGUCAAGACUUCUUUCCCACAAACCACUGCAGGAAACAGGGGAACAUGAUCUUCAUAGAGGUUUGGACAUGGGUUUAAAUGACAGUAGGUGGGCACACGCAAUGAUAUGGGUGGAAGCUGAUAUUGCCUUCCUCUGUUCUGUACUAUGGCCUGCAUCCAGAAAAAGAAACACCGAAGAAUGUGUUUGGCACAUGAGCGCCCAGAUUGGUAACUUGAACUUGCUGAGAGCUUUUGACCUCAGAAUAGCUGAGAUAUUCCAAGAAAGAGUUAAAAACCAGGCAUUAUUAGGGCACCUAAACGUCACUGAAGAUGCCUAAACAAGUACUUAAGUCAAAAGGAUUUUUAGUGGACAUUUUGAGCACUUGGGAAUCUCUUGGCAUCUCAGGUUUUGGCUCUGCAAAAGUGCCUAAAGUCAGUUGCUGUGAUGGUCGUAACUCCUGCUACUUCAAAAAGUUUCAACAUGUAGGCACCUAUCACCCACCUACAGCUGUUUGGGAUGAAAAAAGGAGGCAUCCUGGUACAUACAAAUCCAGAGGACUCUUCAGGCAGGGGUGCUGUCAGGAUGCCUUUUAUUUGCAAAUGUGGGAUGGCAAGAAUGUACACAAUAUUCCUGUGGUUCAGCAAGUGGGAGGCUUCACUGUAGAGCAUCUAACCUCCAUUCCCCACUCCCACCUUGCCAGAGGGUGCCCAACUAGGUGGACCACUCUUCACACUGAAGCUGGACCAGCACUGCAGAUAGGAAGCAAGAAACUGGGAUAAAAGGUAAAGGGAGACUAACUUCAUAGCCUGCUGGCUAGCAGGAAAGAGAGACUCUGUGUUUUGCUCCCAGUUUUUUGUAGGGUGUCUGCCUAUAUGUUGUACAGAGAAGCAGUUGCAAAAAAAAAGCAGAAAUAACCAGGGGGACAUGCACUGGAGCCCGUGACCUCCCAACCUUCCUACUGAGGUAAGAGAAGCAAGAAGCAACAGUCUUGAGUCAUUGUGGAUAAAGUCUAAAAUCCCAGACACCUAGUUCCUCUGGUGGAGCUCUCUCCUGCAAAAUGGAAGCAGCAUUGCCGCUGUCAUCUGUGUCUUGAAACUGUGGGUGAGAUGAUUUUAUCCAAAAGGGUGAUUUGAGUCCAAAAUUCCAUAAAGCCACCCUCACAGCUGCACUGAAAUCUACAGCUGAGAAAUGCACAAGUUCAGUCAUGUUUUCUUCAAGUUUCCCUCUCUAUCCUCCACUCAGAGCUUGCUUAGCUGCCCAACUCAAGGUCUGUAAAUGCUACCAUAAGAGUCAGAGAACUAAGAAUUAGAGAUAGCAGUGCCACCUUUAUGUUUCUCUUUUUUAUAUUGCUAUUAAGCGCUUGUAUGUCCUGGUCCGGAAAAAACUUUUAUGUGUAAGUUAUGGCUUCACAUUUCUUGAAAUGGAUUUCCAUUUCAGGACAGGUAGCAUCUAAACUUACAAAUUUGAAAAGUGUCACCAGAGGGAAAAAAUAAAAGCCCUUUUCCCCCUUUUCUCAUUUUUGCAGCUUUUCUGUUUAGCAGGUCAUAAUGAAUCACCUGUACUGAAAUUGUACAGAGCUUUAUGAAACUUACAUUCUGCUUGCAUUUCCUCGUUGUGCCAGAGAAAAUAUACAACUUCCUUUUAUGAAAGUAGUGGCACAUUAUUAAAAGAGGGUAGGAUUUGCCUUUUGUACCGACACUGAAUAAGCAAUGAAAUACAGUUCUGUACCUGAAAAUCAACAAAUAAACCCAGCUCCACAAAAGAUGAAGUGCUCCAUGUAGUUUUUAAACAAAAGCCUUGUGCCA